AUAAAAAAUCAUGCACAUGUGCGUCUAAAUAAAAGAGUUAACGCAAUAUUCAAAGUAAAUUUUUAUCCACAGAGACUCUUGAUCUCGGUUUGUUUCUUUUUUGGUUGGCCAUGGCGAAAGAGUUGAAAAUUCGCGAAUUGAGCCCGAAGCUCUUGGAAGUGGCAAAAAAAGAGCUGAACGAAGACCCGAAAAGAAGGUCCGCGGACGUCCAAGCAAUUCGAGACUGGCUCAAAAAACAGCCACACAUUUUGGCCGCGCCGGACGACCAGACUUUGGUGUCCUUUUUGCGUGGGUGCAAAUUCAGCUUGGAGCGGACCAAGGAGAAAAUCGAUAUGUACUACACCAUGCGGACCAUUGUUCCAGAAUUUUUUGGCGUGCGAAAUCUGAAGGAGCAGGCCAUCAAGGAGAUAUUGGAGAAUGGUUCGUUUUUUCCUCUGCCCGAACCUGACGACGAAGGCUGUCGUGUCAUGCUCGUGCGCCCAGCAAGAAACGACCCUGACAGACAUCCGAUGGAACUUGUGUUUAAGGUUGUGAUGAUGGCCAUGGACUAUAUGAUCAGAGAGGAUGACCAAAUGUUGAUCUGUGGCAUUGUGAGCAUCAUCGAUUUGGAAAAUGUCACUCUCAAUCAUGGCGUUCAAAUGACCCCCGCGCUAAUUAAAAAAGUCAUGACUUGCUCGCAGGAAGGAUUUCCUCUUCGCGAGAAAGGGUUGAACUACGUUCACACGCCGCCCAUGUUUGAAACCAUCUUUGGCUUAUUCAAAACUUUUGCAAAAGAGAAGCUCAAGAAAAGGAUGCACGCUCAUGGGGAAAAUAUGGAGUCCUUAUAUAAAAAUGUGCCUCAAAGAUUGCUGCCGUCCGAGUAUGGGGGAACAGCCGGCUCUACUAAGGAAUUAAAUGAGGCUUGGCUUAAACGUUUGCGGACUUAUGACCCGUGGUUCAUGGAGGAAACAGGCGGAGUGGACGAGAGCAAGAGACCUGGCAAGCCGAAAACGCACCAAGAGCUUUUUGGAUUGGAGGGAUCUUUCAGACAACUGACUGUCGACUAAUUAAAACUAGAUUUAAUUUGUUUUAAAAAUUGGCUGAAAUAAAAACAUGUCAAUUUUCUUUGUACGUUCA